CGGAACGUUCACUGACUCCGUAGUUUCGGAGACAUCAAUUACGAAAAUGCCCUUGCUCCGCCUCCCGCCGCCGCCGUGUCUCCUCUCUCCGCCGUAUCUCCGUUACGUCCGCUUCGCCGACGGCCCAAGCCCACCUUCCUCCAUCAAAAUUCCCUUUCAGCCAUAUCUGAGACCUCUGAAUUGCGCGAAACGUUGCUCUCCUCCUCUUCUUCCCACCAAUUCAGCAGCCAAAACCCUAAAAUCAUUGGCUCAUGUUAAACCUUUCCUGCAAUCGGAAUCCAGAGCCGUCCUCUGCGGUUGGCUCUGCAGUUUUGUCUCUGUAGCAUCUCUGUCGCAGAUAGUCCCCAGGCUUGGGUCCUUCACGUCGAGCCUGAACGACAAAGCUGCGAGCUUGAUGAUGCUGAGGCGAGAAGGUUUCGUGUUGAUGGCACUGGUUUUGGCUAAGGCGAUCGCGGGUUAUCUGCAGCAAGCGUUUCUGUGGGAGGCUGCGAUGAAUUCGGUUUACAGAAUCCGGGUUUUCGCGUACCAGAAGGUUUUGGAAAGGGAAUUAGGGUUCUUCGAAGGUGGGCAUGGAGUUUCGCCUGGGGACAUCGCGUAUCGGAUCACCGCCGAAGCGUCUGAUGUUGCCGACACCAUUUAUGCUCUUCUCAACACAGUCGUUCCAAGUGCUUUUCAGAUAUCUGCAAUGACGACACAAAUGUUUGUUGCUAGUCCUUUCCUGACAUUGAUUUCUGCAAUGGUGAUCCCAUCUGCGGCCCUUGUCAUAGCUUAUCUCGGCGAACAGCUUCGCAAGAUAUCUAGAAGGGCACAGCUCACUUCUGCUUCGCUUUCUGCUUACUUGAAUGAGGUCCUUCCUGCUAUUGUAUUCGUGAAGGCUAAUAAUGCAGAGGCUUCUGAGAGUGUCAGGUUUCAGCGGCUUGCUCAUGCCGACCUGUCUGAACGUUUGAAGAAAAAGAAAAUGAAGUCAUUUAUUCCACAUAUCGUUCAGAUUAUUUACUUUGGAGCUUUAUCGGUCUUUUGUGUUGGGUCAUUGACACUCUCAGGCUCUUCCUUCAGCUCCUACACAAUCGUGUCGUUCUUGACAUCGCUUGCUUUCUUGAUCGAUCCUAUCCAGGAUUUGGGGAAAGCUUAUAAUGAGUGGAAACAAGGAGAGCCAGCAAUCGAACGGUUAUUUGAUUUGACCCAAUUUAAGGCUAAGGUGAUCGAGAAACCUGAUGCCAUUGAAUUGGAAAAUGUAGCUGGAGAGGUUAGAUUUUGUGAUGUUUCUUUUGCAUAUGAGGAAAACUCGCCUCCUAUUUUGGAUUGCUUAAAUCUUCAUAUUAGAGCGGGAGAGACUGUAGCCAUUGUUGGGCCUUCGGGAGGAGGAAAGACGACUCUGAUAAAAUUACUUCUCCGCCUUUACGAGCCUUCAUCUGGCUCUAUCUUAUUGGACGAAAAUAACAUCAAGAACAUCAAACUGGAGAGUUUGAGGAAGCAUGUUGGUCUGGUUUCACAGGACAUAACGAUGUUUUCAGGGACAGUUGCCGAAAACAUUGGGUACAGGAAUCUAACUACAGAAAUUGACAUGAGGAAGGUUGAGCUUGCUGCUCAAACGGCAAAUGCUGAUGAAUUUAUCAGAAAUCUACCAGAGGGGUACAGCACAAGCAUCGGUCCGAGGGGUUCAAGCUUAAGUGGAGGCCAGAAGCAAAGACUAGCCAUAGCAAGGGCACUCUAUCAGAAACCAUCCGUACUGAUUUUGGAUGAAGCAACUUCAGCAUUGGACAGCAGGUCCGAGUUACUGGUGAGACAAGCUCUCGAACGUUUGAUGCAAGAUCACACGGUGAUCGUAAUCGCACAUAGGAUGGAGACAGUUUUAAUGGCGGAGAGAGUUUUCCUUUUGGAGAAUGGGAAGGUGAAGGAGUUAAAUCGAUCCUCUCUUCUCAGUCACUCACUUUCUUCAGCUUGGCUUCUCAUUUGAUGUCUUUUUUGCCUUGCAAAUCAUUUGUAACCAAGUGGAGAAAGCAAAUAAAAAACCCGGAUUAAACCGGUCGGUACAAGGACUGAUACGUUUAACCGGAAACGGUACGGAAUAACGGUCCGCUAAUUAAUAAUAGAUUGGAUAUGAUCAUAUAAA